AUGCCUGUCGUAUUAAAUGUUGGCGGAACGAAGUUCUAUACCUCACUCGAAACACUGAUGAAAAACCCGGGUCUUCGAGAGAAAAGCAUGCUCGCGGAGAUGAAUUUUGUGGAAGGCGAAGAAGUUUUCAUCGAUAGGGACCCUACUCAUUUUAGCUAUAUUCUAAAUUAUCAUCGAGAUGGUGCCGUGAAUGUAAACGGAGGUGGCAGUAUCCGUGCUCAGAUAAAGCGCGAAGCUCAGUUUUAUGGACUCGAAAACCUUGUGCAGCACAUCGAGUUCAAUCUCAGCCGAGGAUUAUGGAGACUCUCCCGCCCGAAAUUCUCGAAAAUCUUACGCUUGAUCCAUACUUCGCGAUACCCAUUCCUAGAAAUCUUCAUUGAUCAUAAUGUUUGA